ACGCGUUCUCAACUUUAGUUCUUUGCGAGUGGCCAACGCGUUCGGUCGUCGUGCGUGGUCGUCUGAAGGUCUGGUAAUCGGUAAACCCCUGAAACCGGAGUCAAGUCCAAGUUGAAGCAACAGCUGAAAAAUUUUCGAGAAGAACUGCAGCUGUAUUCUUUAUCUACAUCCGAGUAUCUGUGCGCAUCCCGUGUUUCUCAGUGUGUUUGUGUGUGCCUGUGCGUGUUGGCCAGUUGAUUUCGGGCCCGUCAAACUGGGAGCGACAACCUAAUCAAUCAGUCACUCAAUAUGGCCAGUAUUUCUAAGAGCCGCGGCAGCUGCUCCUCCAGGAACAGGCUGCAUCUUCAACUGGGGAUCUUCGUGAUCUUCGUCGUAUUGCUGGCUUCGUGCUCGGCUCAGCCAAUCGAGUCAACAUCCUUGCCUCCAGAGGUCGAAGACGUAGAAGAACCCACCACGAUACUUCCUAUCCAGUUGGAAGAGAGUUCACCAGAACCCGCGAUCCAGAAUGCAACAACUCCUGCUCAGCCUGAAGAACCCAAAGAAGUGGAAGCUACACCUGCUGAUCCUGUUGAGUCCACAGACAAUUUCGUAUCGGUUUACGGCGGAACCCUGGAACAGGAUAUCAAAAAUGACGUAAACAGUGAGGUGGAAGAUGCCCCAUCUCCGGUGGAACCAAUUAUCGAGGAUGUUCAAAAGGCCGCAGAAGCUGCGCUCGAAAAUCACAGUGUUCAACUUGCAGUCCAAAGCUCUCGGGAGCCAAAAACUCUUGAUGCUGUUGAAGAAAACAAACCCAGCCAAGAUGAGGAGCCGGAGGAUCAAGCUGAUCCAGAAGCAGUCACUGACAACAUUGCCAUGUCCAGUGAGCAACUGGAAAGCCACAUCCGACCCCUGCCCAAUGUGACCAGUGAUCUGGUUUCCGUGAUCCUCAACGAAGAUCGAGCCAUCACCGAACAGCCCAUCACCAAAACCAAUCUGUUGGCCCUGGAACAGGAGCACGAGGGAUUGGAGGGCGAGGAGGACAGCACUCCGGUGCCAGUGUAUGAGGAGCCCAAGCACCAAGUGACCAAGAAACAGGGUGUGGAAGACCCACUUCCCAUUGAAGUUGCCCCCGAGGUGGCCGAGGAAUCAGUUGAAGCGAUUCUGCCUUCUGAGGAAACUCCAACUGUUCGCGAAGAACGCAAGUUUGAGGAGCACGAUGACGACCUGAAUGAGAUCAAUGAAAACACAAUUGAAGGCGAUGAGGUGCCAACCAAAACUUCAACUACAGCAGCUCCUUUGGAGACCACUAAAUCCGUUGUGGAGCCAAAUGAGGAGAUCGAGAAGAAGGUGGAAGCCGAGGCCAAGGCAGAAAUGGAGGCCCAAGUAGAGGGAAUCACUCCUUCGAAUGGAGCAAGUGUGGAGGCCGCAGAUCCAGAUGAUAUACAGCCCGAAGUUGCCGAUACAACUGAGGAGGCAGUCACAGAAGUGGCCAAGAUAGAAGAAGAGGAACCAAAGGAAAAGGUUUCAGUUCAAAAGGUCGAUCUUAAAGAACUCACAAUACAGACAUCUUCAGAGGCCAAUCAUGAGGUGAAGUCCACUGAGGAGGCAGUGAAAGAGGAGAGCUCACCAAAGGUUUUAGUUGAACCCAUUGAAGAGAAAGACAGCGAGGAAUCAAAUGAAAAACCUACUGAGAAAACCGUAAUAGACACAAAUGAUUCCUCGGAGGAAAAGCAGCCCGUUGCGGAUGAGGCCAAGUCCGCUUCCGACGACAGCACCGCCACUCCCCUGGUCUCCUAUCCACCCCACGAUGCUGGCCAGACCUUCGAUAGCAACUCGGCGGACGAGCAUUCGGCCCAGCUCUCGGGACCCUCGAACUACCGAUCCACCCUGAUCAUAGCCCUCUGCUCCGGCACCGCAGUGAUCUUCAUCGUGGCCUCCCUGGUGAUCUUCGUCGUCUCUUUCCAGCGACAACAUGGCACCCUGGACAUUGAGAUGCAGGAACAGCGCCUGGGCAAGGAUGUCCAGGACGAGGACAAUGUCCAGAUGAAGCUGCUUGAUGUGGAUCUCUCGACGCCCGUCAUUUUGCCCAUGGGCAACGAGGAGACCGACGAAUGCCUGUAGACUCGCUCAGCACCAUCUGAUCCCCAUGAUAAAUGGUGCCCUGUAAAUAUUUAUUAACUUGAGAGAUUGCGAAGGUGACUUCGGCCUGCUCCUCCGGCUGGCUAUUAAUUUUGGUUUCCAAAUUGUUGACUGAGAGCAGCUGCAAGCAAAUCAAACGAAAUAUCGAAUCGAAACGAAAUCAUUUGCCAUACUGUUUAAUUUUAAAUGCACCUUAGCCCCUAAGAUUUUGCAAAAGUUCGACAAAAAUAUUUAUAUUUAGACACUUUCUUUAGAGUUAAGCACAUUUUUAUUGAGUCUGAUGAGAAGUCAGAAUAAAUAUUUUCGAUUGGUAAA